GGGAACCAGGCGCAGUCAACGUUUGCCGCUCGUCCUUGUUAGCUGUUAUGUCGCGGCGCGUCAAAUCCGUCCCGAUUUCAUUUACAUAUCGAGCGCGCGAAUCAUUUCUUUCGAAACAUAUCGAGUGCGCGAAUUAUUUCUUUCGAAACAUAUCCGUAAAAGUGUUUGUGUCCGACAAGAGCCGUUAGGAUACAGGAACAAGCACGCAUCGAGCUCAGCGUAGUGUCUGGAUCAGCAUAUCGGGUGUCUCGCAGUGAUGGUACAGCGAUGAGCCUGCAGGCCCAGGCUCCAGCCCAGCGAUCUGCGAGGUACUCCCCUCAGGAGACCGUCAAGAUCUACACGGAUUGGGCGAAUUAUUACUUAGAACGAGGAGGUUGCAAAAGGAGAGUGACCGAUCUCCAAGCUGAUCUCUGCGACGGUGUCCUUUUAGCCGACUUGGUGGAAGCUGUCACUAAUCAAAAAGUGAUUGACGUAAACCGGAAACCAAAAAGCGCUCAACAAAUGAUCGAAAACGUGAGCUUGUGUGUGGGAGCAUUGCGGGCUCUAGGAGCGGAUGUGGGUGGCGUGAACCCGGGCGAAUUGGCGGCAGGAUCAACCCUGUGGCCAGUUCUGGCUUUGCUCUUCGCUUUGUCGCGCUACAAGCAGCGAGCCAAGCAGUUACAGGACAUGCCCAAACUACCGUCGCCUUACAACAAGCAGUCGUCGGGGGUUGGUGGUGCUGGGGGAGGUCCAGGGGGUGGUACAAGCAUACCUCUGCCCGCGACUGUCGCUGCCACCAGGAGAUGCCCCCCAGAUAAAGUCAGACCGGCUCCGACACCGACGCAUCAAUCGCAACUUGUAGGACUGAAACACGGAAACGGCGGCGUGGGCAGCGCAAGCAGUUCUAGGAGCACCAGUCCGAGUCAACAGCAACCAUCUCAGGGUGUACUUUCGUUUAUUCCGCAACCCAGGAGUCAGAACACGAAUCGACAACCAGCGGCUACUACACCGAGCCCUCGAACAUCUACGGUGGGUCGACCUAACGGAGGUCUGAGGGUUCAACAACAAGCCUUGCCAUAUUCCGGAAACACCACUCCGGCACCUCAGUCAAAUAAGAAUUCUGUGCUGGACAAGUUCAAGCUUUUCAACAACAAGGAAAAAAAUCAAGAGCGUGGAAAAGCUUCCUCAGGAGUUUCAAAACGUACUUCGAGCUCUUCUGGAUUUUCUUCAGCGCGAUCUGAACACUCGGACAGUUCAACUUCCCUAUGUGAUCAAAGCAAAGCGCAAGCUCAAGAAUCGCCAAAGAGCCGCGCAUUGAAAUCGAAACUUCAAUCAGCUAAGCCGGCGAAGCAGGCAAGUCCGAAAACAGGUAGGAAGGAGCAAAGCAAAGCUCAGAGUAAGAUCGCGCGUACGAGCAAGGGUCCGCUAAGUUCCUCGGAGAAGCUGACGAUGCCUUAUAAUAAUCCAGUCAUGGAUCAAGAUGGCAAGAUUGCCGGUAAAAUGAUGGCUACUAAAUUACCAAACGAUAAGAAAACACCGAAUCUUCAAGAACUAACAAAGCAACCGAUAGCACAGUCACCAAAGAUGAAUCUUUCAGCCUUGACGCCGCCUAGGCAGAUCAAUCCUCAAGAUAUCAAAAAUGUAAACUUGAAGAACGAACUUCCUACGACAAAACCUUCACCUAGACCCAAAAUGGAGCUUCCAGGCAAGAUACCGGAUCCGAAAAUUCAUCUACAAAAUAUGAAAUCACCGCCAAAUGGUUUAAAUAAGGACCUAAUGAUGCAAAAGGCUAUUUUAGCAAAUACCAACGGUAUCAUCAAGUCGUCCGAAACGGUAGAAAUGCUCACACGCGAGGAUGACGUCUUUAAUCGCACUCUGAGCAUGAAUGAAGCCAAUCUAUCAGACUGCAAGGAUUUUAUGUCAAAGCAGAAAGAACCGGAAGUUUUGGAAGAGCAAUCAGAGAUGGAAAACUUUGAUUCACCAUCAAAGAUUCAAGAAUCAAAUCAGGACAAGAUUAUUUGCGAAGAAGAAAUCGAAUCUACUGACAUUCCCAACGAAAAACAAGAUUCUCUGACUGAUCACAUAGAUUCAGUAGCUGAUGAGAAGCCAGCUAAUGCUGAAGAUGGACCCGCAAGCCCUCCCGCGCACAGUAAUCUAAACUUUGGGCCUAGUAAACCGCUGACAGGCUUAAAUAGUCCUCUUCAAGGUCCGAACAUGGCCGGUUCCGGGCUCAGUCCGAGCUCCAGCAUCCCAAAACCUACCGCUCUCGUGAAGGGUACAUCGAAACCUUCAAAAGAGAGUGGCAUAACCGGCAGUGUACCGACGCUUGCGAAGCCGAAGAGCGGCGAUACUCUUCAUCGUAAACUUGAUCCCAAUACAGUAGCGAUGGUGUCGCCGAUGCCGAGUAUCUCAGACCUCAUGUCUGAAAGCUCACACAGCAAUUCUAACAGCACCGGGCAGAGCAAUUCGAGCGACAGUAGUGUGAUUUAUAGACCGAGCAGCGAGAGCGGCAGCGAGAUCAAGACGAUUCCUAAUCGCAAAAUUGAUACUACAUUUGAGCAAUUGGAGAAGGUGCUAUCAGAUAGUUCAACAUGCGGCGGUACCUUGGCGGACGACGAGGCCGAGAUGACAGUAAAACCUAUGCAGCCUCUUCUGCGCGGUUACACACCUGGGGCUCGGGGCCUGCAGACUCUUCCGAGUCGCACGACGACCCGACAAUAUACUGUUCUACAUUCAUCGUCGCAUCAUCACGUUGGUGGUCACCACGACUACGCUGACGUAGACGUCGCUUCCGGUUAUCUGAGUGAUGGCGAGAUGCUGCGUGGAGGUGGUAUGAACGUUGGCAGCAGAACCCUAUCUGAUCUCUGUGACGGAUACAUGUCCGAGGGUGGCGCGUCUCUAUAUGCACGCAGACUCAAUCCUUCCUAUAGUCACGAGCAUGACAGGUACGUGAGCAGCUCGCGACGAGAACUGUCGGGGGUGAAGGAACUAGUGACCUCGAGGCGGGUGCAGAAGAGUCGACCGUCGGGGGUCGCGAGAUCGGAUGGCGGUUGUAUCGGGAGCGUCGGUCUGGGAAGCGGUAACGCCGGCGGCAACGGCGUCGUCGCCGGCGUUGGCGGCGUCGUCGCCGGCGGUCUUUUAGGCGGCUGCAGCGGCGGAAACGACGCCUUGGCGGAACUCACGAUUGAGGAGCUGGCCUCCAUUCCCGCCAGAAAUCACACCUCCGCCAAUCACACGGGACAUUCCUCUCAUCACAAGAGGGUGCCAGGCGGAGGGGGCGUGAUUGUGGGGGGUGGCGGAGGUUCGGCCACCCCCCAAGGGGCGCAGCAAGGUAACAAUCUGAUGUAUCGUGUGGUGGGCUCACGUGGACAUCCCAGUGGUCACCAUCCGCACGUAAAAAAAUCCGACAGCUCUCAGCAAACUGAGAGCUCGGCCUUCAAACAUCAGCAGCAGCAGCAGCAACAACAGCAGCAGCAGCAGCAGCAAGGUUCGAACGGUUCUAGUAGCAGUUCCAACAGUCAACAAUGGAAGAAAUAUAUCGAGGCGGGUGCCGCAAGGGAAAGAGACAAGGAGGGUGCACCUCCUAGUCCUAGUCCCUCCAGAAGAUCGCAGGAUAAGCAUCGGAAGCAGGCCAUGGCCGAAUAUGCAAAUGGCGAGAAACCACAGAAAGUUUCGUCGGGUACGUCAACUAGCGGAAGUAGCAAGGUUCGCGGGGUACCGCAAAGUUUUGGCUACGUUAAAAGGCACAGUGCAGGUACUAGUCCGAGUCCCAAUGGUGUUCAAAAUGGCAACAAGGACGCCACGAGGACGGCUCAAGUUAGCGCUGUGCCAAGGACCAAGGUUAAAGUUUCCGGUGGCACGCAAACGUGCACGACGGAAUUGCAAGCCAACUCCUCAGGAUCCAAUCAGGGUCAUCACUAUAAAAGCUAUAGUCUCACCGGUCCCAGCGCCAGUCAACUCUCUCAAUCAGUCCGGGAUCGUCUCAUGUUGGGCUCUCAGAGCCUGCCGAAGCCAGGCAGUCCGGAAUUCACAGCUCUCUUUGCUUCCGCUCAUCAUCGUGAGAGAGGAACUGGUGUUGGACCGGCGGGUCCACCAUUUUCACCCCGAGUACUGAAACCAUCUGACGGUAGUCUUAGUGAUACGUGCAGUAAUUAUGCGGCACCUGAUCUUCAGGGCUACUACGGCACGCCUAACAGUCCCUACACCACUUCGUGGAUGAGACAUAGCAAUACCUACACGCCCAGCGGACGAUCUCAAGGAAUGGGUUUAUGUGAGGCAGACAGCGUGGAAUCAUUAGGCUCACAUCGCGCGAGCUUAACACAUGCUCGACUCUUAAUGCAUCAAAGGGACUCUACGGGAUCUCCGGCACCGCCUAGAUUAAACAGGAGCAACUCUAUCAGCCACCUGCGGGACAGGACAUUCCCAAGGUCUACAAAGAGUGAGAAGAUGUAUCCGUCGAUGCUAGCGCGUGGCAGUGGUGCUUCAUCGUCGGUAGGCGAGGAAGUCGGAAUAGGUAUGGGGGUUGGAGUGGAACCGUAUUACAGUGUUCCCGUGGGAACAGCAGGAUGCACCGGCCAGCACUGGUCGCAGCCAACGUCACCAACACCCACGCACACUUCGCGGCAACCACCGAAUUUGUAUCAGCAUGUACACAAGGACGAUGACAUUCACGGCUCUUCGGUAUCACUAGUGUCUACCGCAAGCAGCCUUUACAGCUCGGCUGAAGAGAAGCAGGCUCACGAAUUGAGAAAAUUGCGUCGCGAGCUAUUAGACGCUCAAGAGAAGGUGCACUCGUUAACAAGUCAACUUUCUACAAACGCACAUGUAGUCUCGGCCUUUGAGCAAUCACUAUCGAAUAUGACCCAAAGAUUGCAGCAACUCACAGCAACAGCUGAAAAGAAGGAUUCCGAGCUUCAGGAACUCCGAGAAACGAUUGAACGGCUACGCAAGCAGAGUGCUGAAGCCGGAUUAAACAACGGUCCAGCCAUGAGCAAUGGUCGCCGUCAUACUUUAGGCGACUCCGAAUCUGGUACCACCGGCUGCACCGGCAAUAGCAGCAACAGCAAUCACCAUCAAGGUGCAUCGAUGGCAAGACAAUUGUCUGCGGAUAGCGUGACGUCCUUGAACUCGCUGAGUAGUGCCUGCUCGGCCAGCAGCAAUCACCACAAAAAGAAGGGCUGGCUGCGCAGCUCCUUCUCCAAGGCUUUCUCGAGAUCGCGCAAAAAUCGACACGGUUCGGUAUCCGAUGCCGAAGAUUGCAAAGAGAGUAUCGGUGGUGAUUUGAGUGCUCCCAAUAGCCCUAGACUGCCAACUGCGUCCAAACAUGAGUCUUCAAGGAGCCAAACCGCAAGGAGCAACGGCCAAAAGUCACCAGAUCAUGAAAAUCCUCUGUCGGGAAGUAAAAGCAGCUCGGCUCUAUAUAAGAAAGAGGACGAGGACGUGGACGAGUUGAAAAAGCAACUGAGGGAGAAAGAUCUGGUGCUCACGGAUAUUAGAUUGGAAGCGUUAUCCUCGGCUCAUCAAUUGGAAUCUUUAAAGGACACGGUUAUCAAGAUGAGAUACGAGAUGCUGAAUCUGAAGCAGAACAAUGAACGUCUCCAGCGAAUGGUGACUUCGAAGUCACUCACCUCCUCGCAGUCUUCUCUACCCAGUGAUCCAGAUCGACGCUUCAGUAUGACCGAAGUGGCAUCGAGUGUUGCGGCACUGUCAAACGGUGAUGCCAGUUCUACGGCUGAUCAAUUAGAAGAUCUUAACGUCCCAGUCGAACAUGACGUGGUGCCGUCGAACGCCACAACUUCAGAACCGGUUCUCGAACAGGACACUGACGGCAAGAGGAUUAACGUGGCCGUCUACCUUGGAAGCGAACGAAAUUUCAACUACAAUUUAGUUACCGGGAGCGGUUCCACUGACGGCACCAUAGGCGAACCGCCUCAUUGCGUAAUCGCCAGUGUGUGCAUCAGCAACAAGACCAGCUGGGAUGCGUUGGAUUCUAUAGUGAGGCGUUGUUUUAAAGAGUACGUUUCUCGAGUGGAUCCUGUUACGAAUUUGGGUCUCGGUGUCGAAUGCGUCGCUGCGUAUCAUCUCGGCGAAGCUUCCAGAUGCACCACCGAUUCUCAGCAUCCCGAACUGUUACCCUGCGGCUACCUGGUUGGUCAUGUAAAGAGCAUUUAUCUAGUGCUGUCGGGCUACUCCUGGCUAGCAGUAGACACCCUGAUACCGCGCUCUAUUGUCCAACGUCUGAUCUCUCUAUUAACGGAACAUCGUAGAGUGAUCUUGUGCGGUCCAAGUGGUACAGGAAAGAGUUAUUUGGCCGGAAAACUGGCGCACGCCUUAGUGGAUACCGAUAAUGACACGAAGGAUGCCGCUGCCGUUGCAACAUUUAACGUCGAUCACAAAUCCAGCAAGGAAUUGCGCCAAUAUCUUGCGCACAUUGCCGAGAGAUGUGACUCGAGCGCUGCCGAUGAAUUACCCAGAGUGAUUAUUUUGGAAAAUCUUCAGCAUGCAGCAUCUCUAGGCGAGCUUUUCAGUGGUCUCCUAGGAACCAGGCAUUCGUCGUGUCCUGCUAUUAUCGGUACCAUGAGUCAGGCUACUUGCAGUACUACCAAUUUGCAAUUGCAUCAUAAUUUCAGGUGGGUAUUAUGCGCAAACCACAUGGAGCCGGUCAAGGGAUUUCUGGGACGUUAUUUAAGAAGAAAAUUAUUGGAGCACGAACUACGUGAGUGUGCUGGCACGAGGAACGCGGAAAUGGCGGCGGUAGUAGAGUGGCUGCCCCGUGUGUGGCUGCAUCUCAACAAGUUCCUAGAAACUCACAGCAGCUCCGACGUCACUAUAGGACCGCGACUUUUCUUAUCGUGCCCAAUGGAAGUGGCUGGCUCUCAAGUAUGGUUUACCGAUUUGUGGAAUUAUUCGGUCAUACCUUAUUUGGUGGAAGCGGUCAGGGAAGGUUUGACGUUAUAUGGAAGACGUGUGAGCGGAAACGGAAACGGCGAACCCACGUGGGAGGAUCCAGCGCAAUUCAUCACGUCCAGCUACCCGUGGUUGUCGACACAUGCCGUACACGGUGGCAGCGAUGCUCUUCUACGUUUGAGACCCGAGGACGUGGGAUAUGACGUCGUCUCCAGUGGACAUACUUCCGGCGUGGGUGCCUCCAGUGUAAAGAGUCUCGGAAGUACUCAUAGUGAUACCGAAGGAGAUCCUCUGCUUAAUAUGCUGAUGAGACUUCAAGAAGCGGCUAAUUAUUCGAGCCCGCACAGCAACGACAGCGACUCGGUAACGUCCCUCGAUUCGUCGCAUACUCGUCAUUCGGAAGAUUUGAACAGCUCGACACGAGGAGUGGAAUCGGCACUCUAAACUAGCCAAAUGUUAUGAAAAAACUUAUCGCCGAAAGGUCGAGACAUAUAUGUAUCGACUUUUUUAGCUCAAUAGCUAAAAAAGAUAUAAAAGUAAAAAUCGAUAACUCUUGCAAUCAUUCUGAUCGCCGAAAAUUCAGAGCAAGAGAAAUUAUUUAUAAAUGAAAGGUAACUACAAAAAAACGGGGAUAUAUCCUCAUCAUCAGGGAAAAUUAUCAGCGGAAUAUCUCUAAGAUUAAACCGAGAAAGAAAGUUACAAAUGUGAAUCAUACUUCCGAGUGCAUACCUACAUACGAGGUAAGAGUUCAAUUAAAUGUUUUCGAUAAUUCUUGUCAUAAUAAAUAUCUUUUAUGUUUAUUAAAAUCCCUCUAAAUCGCAAUAAAAUUAAAACAAGUCACAAUGAAGCGCCAGCUUUUUUUAAAAUCAACUAUUUUAAAAUCGUAUGGUAACAAGAGCUGCAAUAACGACCUAAGAGGGAUUUAAUAUGCCUAUUAAAGCUGGCCUAGAUUUAUAGAUUUCUAUGUGCAUUCUGCACCAAAGGUGUGUGAUAUGUAAUAUUAAAUGAGCAAACAACGGCGACAACAAAUAAUCGCGGCGACUCCUCGCUCCUCGAAAAAUAGACGAACCGGAAGAGUUUUAUUCACAAGACCCAUUCUAUGAAAUUAAGUUCUACAUAUUUUCGAGAUUAGGAGACUUAAACUUAAAUUAAAAUUGAAUUUUAUUAAAUUUAAUUUUAGAAUUUGGAAAAUAAGAUAACAUUUUUUUAAAUUUGUUUCAAAGAUCUUUUCUACUAAAUAAAAAUAAAAAAAAAAUUCCAAUGCAUAAAAAGAUUAACUUCUUAACAGAGACAAGGUAAAUUGUACAAGUAAAUUGUUACAAGUAAAUUGUUACAAGUAAAAUAUUUUUAAUUUAAUUGCAUUAUUGCAAUUUAUUUCAUGAAAUUCUAGCAAUAAUGUUAUAAUAUCAUAUGUCAAAAAUUUGAUUUUGUAGAAAGAGAGACUUAUCCACAAUUUUUUCAGUUUGGCUAAUUUUUUGCGGAGCGUAAAUACGCGAGUGCAAUGCAAUAAUUUCUACGCUGCCGUUUGUGGAAUUCUAUUUUGAUGGGACGCAGUUUUUCAUUCAUGACGAGCAUAUAAUUAAAAUCGACUCGUCUCGAUCUCGUCGUUUGAUAUAUACAGUAUUAAUGGUAGAGCAUAAAAAAGAGAAUGGCUUCGAACCGAGAAAUUCUCAAAGAAUAAGAGAUUUCUCUCUCUCGUCCGAUACAUAUUUUUUAUGUAAAAUUAUCUAAAUGUGGACGGAUCUCAAAGAUGAAUAAAUUCUCGCUUCUAAACAGAUAAAAUAAAAGCGAAUUCGAAGCAAAUGAUCGUGGUCUGUGCAAAGAUAGUCUAUUUAUACAUACUUUGCUACGAAAAUUCUAUUUAAUUAAAAAAUGUUGAUAUAUAUAUAUAUAUAUAUGUAUAUGUAUAUGUAUAUAUAUAUAUAUAUAUAUAUAUAUAUAUAUAUAUAUACAUAUAUAUAUAUACACACAUACUCAUAUACCUGAACGACGAUAUGGCGCUCUAAAUAUAUUAUAUAAAUAUAUACAUAUUUAAAAAAUGGAAUUUUUAAUUAGCCUGUAAGGUACGUGAAUAAUUCUGGUCAUGUAAUGUUGUAAAUAUGAUACAUAAAGCGAGAUAGGUUACGCUAGAAUGCUGCAAAUUCGAUUCAAAGUCCCAUACAAAUGGGCCUCGAUAUUUCUCUGCGACAGUUUUAUCUGCCUGCAUUGUUUUAUCUUCGUUUAUUAUAUCUUGCAAGAAAAAACAUGUAUCACUCUUUCCUUUUUUUUCAUAUAUAUAUAUAUAAAGGGGAAAUCUAAUCUUACAUAAUUAGAAUCAAAAGUUCAUAUAAAAGAUUUUGUUAAAAAAUAUAUUGCCUGAAAAAAUAAUAAUUAUCCCUUUCAACUUCUUUUUAAAAUUAUUAAAGUUCAGGGAUUACGAAUUUAUUAUUCCAGAUAACACGCAACUUCUUAGAAAUUAGGUUUAUAUAUUUUUUAGAAAAAGAAAAUUCGGAAAAUAAAAGUGUAUUUUUAAUGCUAAUUAAAAAAUUACUGUCGCGGAAAAUAAUGCGAGAUUCACGAAGACUAUAUAUAAUGUAUAUGAUUGAUGGCAUGGUGCUCUCCAAUGAGAAGAGAGAAGAGACUAUGUCAACGUAUAAUAAUACACAUACGAUAAUGCAAUCGCAUUUACAGGUUUUUUUACGUUUGUACCGUAUUUAUAACGCUGUACACAGCACUCCAAACUUUAUCCAAAUAAUGAUAAUUAACUGUGUCAUCAAAUAAAUCGCAUUCAAAUCUG